AAACACAGAAUCUUUAUCACAGCUGAUAACCAUUUGGUGUAUCGGUCUUGAUAUUUUUUAGAUUAAAAAUAUGUUUUGGUUUAUGUUAUUGUGAUUUAAAUUUAAUUCGUGGUUGAUAAUGUCAUUAGUCAGCUGUAAAAAGCUUUUGGAUUUAUCCAAACAGCUCGUAAAUCAUCUUAUUUUACCAAAUAGAGGUGCUAAGACCAAAUUUGCUGCUUAUUUUCCUGCUAGACCAUUUAAAUUGCGACCUGAUAAGUUAGAUGUUGGAAUGUCCGGUGCUUCAUACCAAACUACAAUUCAAAGAAAACGCCAGGUUACUGAUCUUAAUGUCCCUGUUUUUGGUGAAACACCUGUUGAAUGCUUAAAAUGGACUAAUUGGAAAAUGUUAAGAGACGUUAGACGAAGAUAUGUCUACUCUUACCAUUUUCCGUUGAGUAAUAAUCUAACCUGUUUAAUGAGAAAUAAUAUCCUACCAACAACUAUAAAGGAAUUAGCUCUGAAUGAAAUGGGGGAACUUCCUCGUGCUAGAUACAGUGGUUGGCUCGUCUGGAGAUGUGGAAUCACAUCAAGACCUAGAGGAAAGUAUCUAAAGUUCAAAAUGUCCCGUAUCGCGUUUAGAAACUUAGCUGAUUACAACUUCGUAUCUGGAGCUAUGAGAUCUUGCUGGGGUCCAUAAACUAUUUCACAAAUCAACAAUUAGUAUGGCACAUCUAGAAUUAGUCUGUAAACUUCAAUUAAAUUAAAUAUUUGUAAAUCAAACUUUUUCGUUUUUAAAUUUAAUAACAUUCUUAUGGAACUCGA